GUGUCACUCAUCCACGGGAGGCGGGCUGGCUGGCUUUGGCACUAGGAAAUGAAUAGUGAAAGAAGUACAGUCGUUUGUUGCCGGUCACUGCACAACUAUUGUCGAGCUGAAAAUCUAAAAUGAGCAGAGCUGCCUGUCUUCUCGUAAUUAUCAGCUUAAUGAGUCCUGCUGCUGAGGCGCUGGACAAUGGUCUGGCGCUGAAACCCACCAUGGGCUGGCUGCACUGGGAGAGGUUCAUGUGUAACAUCGACUGUGACACGGACCCAAAUAACUGCAUCAGUGAGCGUCUGUACAUGCAGAUGGCAGAUGUGAUGGUGAAGGAGGGCUGGAAAGAGGCCGGUUACGAGUACGUCUGCAUCGAUGACUGUUGGCCCUCCCACCAGCGUGAUGCCCAGGGCCGCCUGCAGGCAGACCCCAAACGAUUCCCAGGAGGCAUCAAGAAACUGGCCGACUAUAUCCACUCUAAGGGCCUGAAGCUGGGUAUCUACGCAGAUGUGGGGGACAAAACCUGUGCUGGAUAUCCUGGGAGCCUUGGUUACUACGAGAAAGAUGCUCAGACUUUUGCUGACUGGGAUGUUGAUCUGCUCAAAUUUGACGGUUGCUUCAUGAAUCGGGCUUUGCUGGGAGAGGGCUACACAAACAUGUCAAAAGCACUGAACAACACUGGACGGCCUGUCCUGUACUCUUGUGAGUGGCCGUUGUACGAGUGGCCUUUAAAACAGCCCAACUACACAGCUAUCCGUGAGACUUGUAAUCACUGGCGCAACUUUGAUGACGUGUUCGACUCGUGGAGCUCCGUCAAAUCCAUCUUGGACUGGACUGCCGCUCAUCAGGACAUCAUCGUCCCUGCAGCUGGACCCGGAGGCUGGAAUGACCCCGAUAUGCUUGUAAUUGGGAACUUUGGCCUGAGUCACGACCAGCAGGAGUCUCAGAUGGCGUUAUGGGCCAUCAUGGCAUCUCCUCUGCUCAUGUCCAAUGAUCUCAGAGACAUUUGUCCUCGCUCCAAGGAGCUCCUGCAGAACAAACGCAUCAUAGACAUCAGCCAAGAUUCAAUGGGCAAGCAGGGAUAUCGCACUGCCAAGGGGAACAAUUUUGAAGUGUGGGAGAGGCCGCUGUCGAAGAACUGCCUGGCUGUUGCUGUGCUGAACAAACUGGAGACAGGUGGUCCUCGAGGGUUCAACAUUGGGGCUGCCCCCGGUUGGAAGAUCUGUGGCCCGCAGUGCAACGUCACACAGAUCCUGCCUCAGUACAAGGAGAUGGGAGUUCAGACUCAGCAGAGCAAAAUAAUUGUAUCUGUCAACCCUUCAGGCACAGCUCUGUUGACUGUCACUCCCAUCAGCAGCGAUUUCACAAGGCUUCACAAGCUGAACUGGCAGGGUACAUUUGUCAGACGAAAGCACACCAUUUUGUAGUCCUCAGGUGGUUAAACGCACCCGAGACGUGUACAAUAUCUCAAUUGUCUGGGAAAAAAUGAAGCUGAAUAAGUUUUAGGUGUUUAUCUUGUGUAAAUCUUAGUGAAUUAAAAUUAAAGCUGCCUGGAAAUGGAUCACACUUCAUCCCAUUUAUAUCCAAUAAAUUAAACACUUGCUGUUAACUGUCUAGA